AGUAUUUAAGUGGCACGAAACAUGUUUGCAGACAUACAGUUUCAGUUAACAUCUUGAGCGCUUCGGUUGUGUCAAUCAUACGUCGCGUUGUCCAUUGGAUACUAAAGGAUUACUCACUGACUAACUAACAAAACACUCUCUAACCAAGAUGAUGAUGCUACACCCCACACCCGCUCAGCGCGUAACCAUUCGCGAGGAGCUGCGCGAACCCGAGGAUCCAGCCGACAUUGAGCGUGAUAUCAAGCUGAUUCGCGAGUGGCUGGAGACACAGCCGCAUCUGCCCAAGGACAUGGACGACAUGCGUUUGACCACGUUCCUGCGCGGCUGCAAGUUCAGCCUGGAGAAGGUAAAGAAGAAGCUAGACAUGUACUACACGAUGCGGAAUGCGGUACCGGAGGUCUUCUCGAAUCGGGACAUCAAUCGCGAGGAGCUCAGCCUUGUGCUUGACUAUGUACACUGUCCCACCCUGCCAGGGAUCACUCCCAAUGGACGUCGGAUCACGUUUGUGAGGGGCAUCGACUGCGACUUCCAGCCGCACCACAUCCUGGACGCCAUGAAGGUGGCUCUGAUGAUCGGAGAUGUCCGUCUGGCGGAGGAGACAAUCGGCAUUGCCGGUGACAUCUUCAUUCUGGACGCGGCCCCAGCCAGUGCCGCUCACUUUGCCAAAUUCUCACCCUCGGUGGUGAAGAAGUUUCUGAUUGCCGUCCAGGAGGGCUAUCCAGUGAAGGUGAAGGAGGUCCAUGUGAUCAACAUCUCCCCGCUGGUCGACACCAUCUUCAACUUUGUGAAGCCAUUCGUGAAGGAGAAGAUCCGCAGCCGCAUCACCUUCCACAACGAUAUCGACAGUCUCUACAAGGUGGUGCCCAAAGAUCUCUUGCCCGAUGAGUACGGCGGCAAGGCUGGCAGCGUCGUGGAGCUUAAUAAGUGGUGGAAGCAGAAGCUGGCCGACAACACCAAGUGGUUCCAGGAACAGGAGGAUAAGAAGGCCAAUGAAUCUCUGCGCCCCGGCGCCCCAAAGACCAGCGAUGAUCUGUUCGGCAUGGAAGGUACCUUCCGUCAGCUGAACAUCGAUUGAUCACGCAUCCGCAUACCCACUUCCAUGCCCCCACGCCCCAUGCCUUAUGCCCCAAGCGCAUCUACUUGUGUAUAUUUUAGCCACUCAUUUGUUUAGUCCAAGCUCAUGUGCACUACUAUUGCUUAAACGCUUCAUUCUGUCGCCUGUUCCAUUAUCUAUUUACUACAUAUACUCGUACUCGUAUAUAUCUUCUCAUUCGUACAUCGCAGUAAUUACAUACAAUAAUAAAGAAGCAGCAGCAUAUUAAGGAAUGAAUAAAUAAAAUCCACAUGUCGUUUACACUAUC